GAAUUGGUGACGACUUCCACCAAAUUUUGCUCACAACUUGUUUUCAGUCUAUAGAAAAUAAGUAUAUCAUUGGAUUGCUGUUUUUUAAAUUUAGAAAUUAAUUUUCUGUAAGUCACGCAUAAACAUUUUAAAUACAAACAUUAGUCUGUUUUUCAAUUAGAUCAUGUUAAUUAUGAUUUGUUGAUUAGAGUAGUCAAGAGCUAGCAUUGAGUUAUCAUGAUGACCCCGAUCAAUUCAUUCUCAUUCAUUCAUGUCGUCGUAGAGAAAGUUAGGUCAAUCAAUUACUUAUUUAAUAAAAAUAAAUGUUAAAACUUAAAUCAAUUAUAAAAUAAUACACAAUAUUAGUAUUAGUAGUCCUAGGCCUGAUAGAAGGGCUAGUAGGGCAUAGGCAGUACGGCCUAAUAAAAGUUAAAAAACAACUCUUAAUCAUUAAAUCUAAAUUUUAAAUUUAAAAAAGCAAAUCUAAGACUAAAUAAUAACACUAAACUUUUCACAACUAUAUCUAUUCUAAUUAUUGUAAAGAAAUAAUUUCGAUAAAAUUUGGAUUACAUUUACCCACAUUUGCAUGGUACACUCUAUAACUAUAACUACUAUACUAUAAGUAUAAGUAAGAAGCAUUUUCAAUUUUGGUCUUUGCACGAAGUAAAAAAGGUGCUGAUUCGUGAACUGCUGUUCGCUGACGAUGCUGCCUUAACAUCUCACACAGAAGAAGGUCUGCAGGGGCUGGUUAAUCGCCUAUCACAUGCUUGUAAAGAGUUUGGACUUUCGAUUAGCCUACUGAAAACUCAUGUAAUGAUGCAAGAAACACUGUCCCCUCCAAUCAUAUCUAUUGAGGGUCAUAAUCUUUCGGUUGUUGAUCAUUUCAUAUACCUGGGAUCCAAUAUUUCUAGUUCUCUUUCCGUUGAUGAAGAGAUAAAUAUCAGGAUUGCAAAAGCAGCAGCAACUAUGGCUAAACUGAAUAAGCGGGCGUGGAAUAAUCUCAAUCUAACUGAUAAAACAAAAAUAAGUGUCUAUCAGGCAUUCAGGCAUGCGUGCUUAGCACGCUCCUAUAUGAUAACGAAGUGUGGAUCACAUAUACCAGUCAGGAGCGGAAACUCACAGCUUCCAUCACAGAUGUCUGCGUCGCACUUUGCGCAUUCGUUGGCAGGACAGCGUGCCUAACGUGGAGGUUUUGGAACGUGCACACAUGUUUAGCAUAUUCUCCUUUCUUAUCAAGAGACGCCUUCGCUGGUUAGGUCAUGUACGGAGAAGAUACUGCUGUAUGGAGAGUUGGCAGAGGGGACAAGACAUAUUGGAUGACAGCGCCUGAGAUUUAUUGACUUUUGCAAACGAAGCAUGAGGGAAGCCAAUAUUGAAACAAACAAAUGGGAGUUCAUUGCCGAACAUGGCUCCAACUGGCGUACAGCAGUGUUUGAAGGAGUCAGAAAGGCAGAAGUUACUCAAAACGAGGCCCUCGAAUCAAAAAGAACAAUUUGAAAAUCAAGAAUUUACCGGGAUUCAACAUUCUCCUGUGAGAGAUGCUGCCGUGAUUGGCAUUCUAAGAUUGGCAUUCUAAGAUUGGCCUAGUGAGCCACUCGUCAAAGUGUAGAACUAUAUAGGUACUCCAUCGUCUCACAAAGACGGAAGGAUGCCAUAUUAUUAUUAUUAUAAGCGUUUUCAUUUACUCUAUGCCUAGUUAUACUAUUUAAUUUAUCUUAUUGGACAAUUUUUGGGUAGAAAUAGUGUCUAACUUUCUGUUAUUUCCAAAUUGUCUGACUGAAAUUAUAGUGAAAUGAUGACUGAAUAAUUUAAAGAUUUUUACUUCCAUCUGGGGCCAGGCUUUAUUUAUAAUUGAUCAAAGUGGGCUAGGCCUAAAUAUUAUGAAUAGACUUAAUAUACUAAUACUAUAGACUGUACUCUAUACAAGUAUCAAAUCUACUAAUACUAUACUCUAUACUAGUAUCAGUAGUAGCCAUUAGUAUUAUUAGUAUUACUAACAAUAGAAAUAGGGCCUGCUCAGACUCAUUUGCUACUGACUAACAUUACUGGUAUGAUCUCUAGCAAGUAUUAAUCCAGACAAUCAAAAUCAAGUGGUACUAGAAAUAGAAAAUAAAUAUUUGUCCAGGCAAAUACUGAGUUAGUAGAGCAUGACACAUUUUUAAUUUUUUUUAAAAAAAAGAACCAAAUAUUUCAAUUGAAUUACUUAAGAUCUAUAAGGCCUUUCCUGUGUCCAGACCUGUCAUAAAUAACUUUCCUUAAGUAAAAAUAUUCAACCAUUUAGAGUCACUGAAAUGAAAGUCAAUUUCAUUAGCUGGAUUCUUAUUGCUGUAAAUAAGCAAGGAUUUAUAUUUUAUAUAAUUUUUAUUUCAACUUUAAAAGUUUCAAUUUAGAUUAAAUUAUAAUUUUAACCCAGCUUUUCAUAUUACUCAAAAUUUUUGUAUUUUAGCUUAAAAUUUUGGACUGAAGCGAGUAAAGCCAGCAAAUAUGCCCGCCUUACUAGAGCGGCCAAAAAUGACAAGAGCCAUGUAUGAGGCCUUGAAACGGCACAUCAUGCGUGAGAGGGAAAAGAAGAAACAAGGUACAAAACCUGAGGAUUUAAUUUAAAUUUUACAUUAAAAACUUAAUUUUCAAUUUAAAAACUUAAUAUUUAAUUCUAAUGAAGCUUAUCUUUAAUUCAGUUAACUUAAAUUCCUAUUUAAGAGCAAGAACAAGAUGCAAUGAUGGAAAGAUUAAAAAAGGAAAGAGAGUUAAAAAAGAAAAAGGAAGAGGAAGACAGUCUUACCCUUGAAGAAACUAAUGAGCAGGUAUUUGGAUCACGUGCAUGAUGUGCUAAUUAUUUACAGCAGGGGUUCUUCACCCUUUUUGCUGCUCCGCACCCCCAAUUGAUUCAAAAAUAUUUCCAGUAUCCCUAUCUUGAUUUUAAAAAAAUGUUUCCCUGACCCCCCACACACAAUAAAAUAAAUUGCAUUAAAAAAUGCAAAGGAACCUGUUUUUUCUGGGUCUUUCCACCCCCACUGAUAGGGCUUCCAACAUCCACCCCUGGUUAAGAACCCCCACUGUGCAGCGAUUAUAACAGAGGAUAAUAUUCUUUUAUGGAUCCCAAAAAAUGGCAUGUUUUUGAUUACAUUGAACAUAUUCAGUGUCAGUGUAUAAAAACGUACCAUUCUUUUUUCUGAGGUUUGUUUUCUUUAAAAAAUGUUUGUAGCCCUUCUUCUUAGCCUUAUUCACUCCCAAUGGAGCAUAGGUCAUCCACAAUACUUAAACAUCUGUCCCUGUCCUGGGCUAUCUUUGCUAGUUCAGCCAAACUUUUCAUCAUUCUCUUCACCUCUGCCUCUAAUCCCUUCUUUCUCUUUUCCUGGUACCUUGGGGAUUCAAAUUAAUGUAUGAGUAGAAUAAAUCACUGCCAAGCAAGCAUGUCGUAAGAAUUAUUACUCUAUUUAGUAUACAAACAUGUUAAAAAAGCAUAUUGAAAGAGUGUUCACUGUAACAUACAUGAGAGGAGGGGAAGAGUUGUUUGUCUCUUUAAAUAGUAUGUCAUCUCAAAGAGGUAUAAUGAUAUUUUAAAAAGAUGUUAUGGUUAGUUUGUAAUUUGGUUUAUUUUUUUACUAUGUGGGUACAACUUAUUAAAUGUUUCCCUAAUUUAAAGUUGUGUUAUUUUACAUUUUUUUUUCUUGCAAGAUUUCUCAACUUGAGAAGAAACUAGAAUUUCUAAAAGGCCAGAAGCAUGAUCUUUUCUCACAAUUGAAGAAGGUUCUUCAUCAGGAAGAUGAAACAAGACGCAGAGCUCAGCAGAAGGAGCAAAGGUUUGUCUUUCUGCUAUUUCUUGAUCUUUGAGGUGGAUAUAUUGAAUUAAAAAUUGAACAGAUUAUAUCAUUAUUUACUUAUCUUUAAAACUAUGGUACUUAAAGCAUGGAAUGUUCAAAAUGUAAUUUUAAGUACAUGUAAAAAAAAGUGGUUUGAUUUUAGAUUUAAAUUAAUAAUAAAAAAUACAUGUUAAAAAUAAAAGUUUUAUUUUGUUAUUAUAAUUUAUUUUAUUAUUCUUACUGCUGACUUGCUAGUGAGAUGCCCAUAUCCCAGCCACCCUACCAACAUCCAGGUCUGACUGUUGCCACUCAGCCUAUGAUGAUGCAUGGUCGACCAGCUUUGUACAAGCCAACUGCACCAGCACCCAUCUUGACAGUAAAGCCUUCAUUUGUUAAAUUUAGCACUUUAUAUCUAGCUAAAUAGUCGUGUUUACAAGGAGGAACAUGUAUGGUAAUCUUAUCAUCAGAUUCACUAGAGUAGUUAUGUCUCUAUUGGAAAAAAAGAAUGUGAAUCCUUACACAAACAAUUAAUUGAAUUUGUCCAAACUCUCAUCGUUGAAUCUGAUGUGGAUACUGACUGCAUUGAACAACAUAUUAAGUAAAUACAACUGAAUAUUAAGCUUUUUUAAACAAUAACGUUUAAGAGAAAUGUCCUUUCAACUAGGAAAUGAAAAAAAAAAGGAAUUAUUGGUGGUUUAGUCAUUCUAUUAUAAUACAAAAUAUAAAUGAAAAAAAAAUCUUGCUUUCGGUGGUUGUGUGAGAAUAUCAUAUUACUUGAGAAAUGUAAAAAACAAGAAAUGUUUUUUUUCCCCCCCUCUCUAGGGAAUGAAGAGACAAAGAAGUCCAUCCCCACCUCCUUCCUCAUCAUCCAGCUCCUUCCAAGGGUAUGGGCACAGUGAGCCGAAGUACCCUCACACCGCUGAUGGCAAGUACACCCAUUCAGCUGAGGGCAAGUACCCCCAUACAGCUGAUGGCAAGUACACACACGGAGACUCCAAGUAUGUGUCUCACGCAGACACAAAGUUCCCUCAUGCUGAUCCUAAGUACCUGGCAUCUUUCUCCACAGCCAAAACUGGACCAGCUCACCUGUACACAGCCCAGCAUCCGCCAGCUUCUGACUUCAGUGAGUUCUAACAUCACACCAUUCCCCUUUUUUAAAAAAAUGUUGUGUCUUUAAGUGCUAUCUAACAAACCAAAAGCACCUCUGAAAGAAUGGGUCAAUAAGUGUCAUAUACGUUUUGAUUUGACUCCCAGUUGAUGCUAAAAGAUCUGGGUUUGGAUGGUAUCAAAGAAUAUUGUAAGAGGUAUUAAGUAGUGUUGAAUAUAUUAGGUAUUCUAAAAUAAUUUGUAUUUAAAUUUAUAUAAUCCAAUUAUUUUUAUGUCUCUUGUCUCCACAAAACUCAAUUUAUUUCAACUAUACAUAAUGAUAAAACAUAAUAAAAAUUAACUGCAUACACUUUUUAGAGUGAUUAGAAAUGGCUUGCUAACCAAGCAUUCUACAGAUAUUUUCACUUUUUUUUUAAUGUAACAAAUAAAGCACUGUUUUUGUGCUUGUUCAUUAUCAGAAAACUCAGCCUACCAGCAGCCUGGAGCAGGCCAUUUAUUCACGGCCAAUCAAAGUUUCCAACAGCAGGCAACGGCUAGCUCAUAUCCCAGUAGUCAGUCGAGUGGUAGCAAAUACCCCGGGCCUGGUCAGUCAGCAUUCACCUCAUACCAGAGUGCCUUUGCACAGUCCCACCCGCAGAAAGCUUUGACGGACCAGUUCUCUGCAGCUUAUCCUAUACAGCGGAUGCAGCAGCCUGGUAUUUUACCUUUUACUUUGUUACUCUUUAUUAUUUAUACAUCUUAUUCUUAGUCUUGUGUUAACAUCAUUCAUUCUAACACUUGCAUGCCCUUAGUAACAUUGAUAACAUCAACCUCUUGCAGGUUACCAUUCUGGUCUUCAGCUGCAACAAAAUCUGGAACAUACAGCACAAAAGCAGGCAGGCUUUGAGGACAAGUUCAAAAUUGGACAGGUAUGGUGAAUUACAAGAACAACUGCAUUUCAUCUAUAAGAUAAAAUACUCAAUAUAUCCUUGAGUCUCAAAGCGAGAUGUUUAGGAUAACACCAUUUUACUGUUUUUCUUCUGAUUAUGUUAUAGAACAUUGUAACAAUAAAUCAUAAUGACAGGACACAUUAUCCCGGUACUGUAAACUGGCAAAAAAUUUUAGUGCCGAGUGAAACCAUUGCUUAAUAACAAUGAGCCAUAAUUUGCUUGUGAACCAAAAGGUAGCACAUUUUAAGAUACUAAUUUUUUUUAUUGUUACUCUAUUCCAGUGGCUAUUAAUAAUUAAUGAAUACCGUAACUCAUUUCAUAAUUUAAAUUUCUAAGACUCAGAUAAGAGGUAUGGUCCCUCCCCAACAACAGGCCGCCUUGUCUCAAGCUCUGCAACUGCAGCAACAACAGCAGCAACAACAACAGCAGCAGCAGCAGCAGCAACAGGCUAAAGUAAGAAGUUGGCAAUAGCAAGGAUAAGUAAAUAAAUAGUAUUUAUAAUACUCACAAAUAUAACCAUAAUGUAACAUCGGUUUCAGAAAGGGAAAAGAUCUACGAUAUGAUUGUCAAUAACAAAUAUAUACAAUUAUGAGUGUUGUGAUUAAAGCGCUUUAUUUUCAAUGUUUCAAUAUCUCUUAUGAUUAGUAAGCAUAAAAAAGUUAUCUCUAUUAAAAUUAAAAGAGUUGCGUAACGAAGAUUUCUUGAAAAAUUAAAAAUUUUGAAUGUAGUGAACGCCUUCAUAUUUUGUUGUAGUUAUAGGCACAGCUGCUGUUCAAAUAAUAAUAUUUGGAUUGUAAUCUGCAGAAUGCUGGCACAUUUCCAGGCUACCCUGCACGCAGCCAAGCAGCCCCUUCGGCAGUCAACUACCCUGCCUCAACCAGUGCAGUAAGUCUGGCUCUCUCUCUUGCUUUUUCAUUCUUUGAUUGUGUAUCAACCUCCUAGUGAGUGAGGCUAUGUCUUAUUUUGAUUUAUGAACUAGUGCAAUGGUCUCUGAAAAAAAAAUAAAUAAAAACUAUUUAGGGGUCGUUCGUAAAUUACGCUACGCAAAAAAAUGACCAUUUUAGGGCAAACCCACCUAAAAAAAUCAAAACAAACAUAAAGUUUUCAUAAAUAAACUAAGAUACUAUUUUAUUCUUUAACAUUUUCCCCAUUAUGGAUUAAGAUGUGCUUUAUUAGAAAACUGUGACACGAAACAACGAAGUCAUCCAAAAGCUGAAUGUAAAGUGGCCUCAACAGUUUUUGUGUUAUUUUUCGAUACGCACUAAAGGUGUGAACGACUGAGAACCUAUAAUACCUUAGGCAAUUUCCACCUCACAUUAACGUUUUUAAAAUUAAUUAAAUAAAGAUUUUUCAAAAUUAUAUUGUAUUGUAAUCUGCAGAAUGCUGGCACAUUUCCAGGCUAUUUCAUCUCUUUACUUUGUUUUUGUCAGGUUUAAGCGCCCUCUCCUAUAUUUUCUUUAUAUUUUUUCUGUUUUAGGGUAGGAUAUAUAUAUUGACAUUAUGUAAAUUUAAUUUAUACUUAUUUAAAUGUGUUGUGUUUGUUUGUACUGAUGAAGGCAUGUGCCGAAACGUUUAAUUCUGUAUAAUGUACAAUUAUUAUUAAAGCUAACUCAUAUUGUUCUAUUGACACAAUUUGUUCGUGUCUUAUUAAUAAAAUUCAAAAUUAUAACAUUUAGAUUUUUUUUGUUUAAAAGUGACGGCAAAUUUUUUUUACACCCCCUUCCCCCGCUAUGUAAUUUGCGAACGACCCCUCAGUGAUUUCAAAAUAACUAAAAAAUUAAUGUGAUAUUUUAAAAUCCCAAAAUACACACCUUCUAUUUCUAUUGAAAAAAAUCCUUUUAACGAGUUAGGGCUGAUGUUUUAGUAUAGCUGUUAAGAAAUAGUUGUGAUAUUAUUGCCAAAUAAUUUGUAAAUUUGCAAAUUCAAUUAAAUUGGAUUCAAUUUAAGGGUUAUUCACUCUGCGUCGUAUAUGGACAAAAGUUGUCACUUUUACACUCUAAAUAAACAGUAUGCUUUAAAAAGCACAGUACUGGUUUCAAUUUGACCCUACUCUCCUUGAGCUGGUUGGGAUUAAUUGCUUGUCAUGUCUAAUCAUAAUCUAAAGCCAGCUUAAAAUGUAUGCCACCUGUUUCAGAGCACCUACUCCAACCAAACAAGUGGACAGGGCAGAUCAAACUACGGGAAUCAGUCUCAUGGUCGAUACUACUAGUGGGCUGUACAACCAACUGCAGAUAUGAGGUGGAGCUAUUCAAAACAAGUUUACUUUUUGUAGUCAUGGCAAUGUUUAUUUGGAGAGCUCGUUGCUUUUAAUUUAAAAUUAAAUCUAUAUCAUCAUGCCAGGACACCUACUGGUCUCGGAUUUUUGUCAGUGCUUUUAUGAUAUGAGCCUCAAUUGGCCAACAUCAUUCUUUGGUUAUUCAAAGAACCUGGGUCUGUCAUGAAAACUGUACUUGUGUUGGCUUUUAAGGCUUUAAUAUAGCACAUUGUUUUAUUUCCUCUCUGAAGUAAGAAAACAUUUGAAGGCAAGAGUCACAUUUGUUUAUUUUUGUGAUCUACAGUUUCAAUACAAGUUUUUUUAAGGAUAAGAUUGUUAGUUAAAGUUGAAUUAGUUUAGUAGAUAAAAGUAAGAUUGUUUAACUAUCUCUGAGACUGGCACCAUGGCUGUGAAGCUAGUUGAAAAAGGCUGUUUUACUCAGGUAUCUCAGCUAUCACCUGAGCUGAUGGUGUCAUCCAAAUAUGAAAUUUACGUGUCAGCAGUGCUGGAGUAAGAAAGGUUAUAGUGUGUGGCUUGGAAUUGUGCCAUGAAAAAGUAUCUCACCCCGAUAAUUACUGUGGUUGGUCAUUGAUAAUUACUGUGGUUGGUCAUUAGGGACCGCAGUUGCAGCUGAUGAAACCUGUGUGUGGCUCAGGUUGUCACGAAACCUGUGUGUGGCUCAGGUAGUCAGUAAACCUAUAUGUGGCUCAGGAGUCAUGAAACCUGUGUGUGGCUCAGGUAGUCAUGAAACCCUCAAACAAGGGUAAAAUGAGGGGCACAGAAUGUCUUUGCAUGUGCCAACACAUUUAGUUAAACCCCCUUCAAAAGUUCACAGCUGUGUGAAACAAUGAACCAUGAAAUAUUAAUUUAGUUUAGAAUCUCUGGUAACAGUCCAGAGUUUACUUGUUUUUGUUAUAGUGAAUGUGAGUUUUUAUUAAGUGAUAACACUAUGGUAUAUUUAGAAAGUGUGCAAUACUUUUUUUUUUACAAGUUACAGAUGCAAAUUUUGUGUUCGCUUGGAAAUAACAAACAGAAAGAUGAAGCUAAAUAUUGUCAACUUAUUACUUAUAUUGACUUUGUAUAAUUUCACAAUUAAGUUUUUAAGCAUGUUUAUUUGUUUUACAUUUAGUAUGUAAUGGGCAAAUAAAAAUUUAUAAGAAAUAACCAUGU